AUGAAGUUCUCAGUUGUGUCUCUCGGCCUCAUGGCGGUCUCAGCUCUGGCAGCUCCUAUGCCCUCCCAGAUUAUCUCUAAGCGUGCCUGUCUCACCAAACGUGCUGCAUCUUUGGAAGAUGUUGCUACAGUUGGAUUCGCUACUCAGGGUGACGGCACUAGCGGUGGAAAGGGCGGUAAGACUGUCGAGGUUGCAUCGCUGAGCGAAUUGACUGCGGCUGUCAAGGGUGAUGAUGCUGCCAUUGUCCUCAUCACUGGCCCUAUACAGGGAAAUGCUGAGCAGGUCCGCAUCGGGUCGAACAAGUCGGUUAUUGGCAAGGAUUCUUCAGCCGUCCUCACCAAUGUUCAGCUUCGUGUCAAGGACGUCAAAAAUGUCAUCAUCCGUAAUCUUGUCAUCACCAAAGUCGUCGGUGCCGAUGCUAUAGGAAUUCAGAAGUCCUCAAACGUCUGGGUCGACCACGUCGAUCUCUCCUCAGACAAGGACCAUGACAAGGACUACUACGAUGGCCUCAUCGACAUAACUCAUGCUGCAGACUUCAUCACCAUCUCCGACAGCUUCAUGCAUGACCACUACAAGAGCUCUCUUGUUGGGCAUUCUGACAACAACGCCGCCGAGGACAAGGGCCACUUGACUGUCACCUACGCCAAGAACCACUGGAAGAAUAUCAACUCACGCGGCCCGUCCUUCCGAUUCGGCACCGGUCAUAUCUUCAACAACUACUACGAGAAUGUCUUGGAUGGCAUUAACACCCGCCAGGGCGCUCAGGUCCUUGUCGAGAACAACGUCUUCAUCGGCUCGAAGAAGGCGCUGUUCAGCACUGACGAAGGCUUUGCAGUUGCCAAUGGCAACAUUUUUGGAGACAGCCAAAACACUGCGCCAAAGGGAACUCUCACCAAGGCUCCCUACGAAGUCACAUUGCUACCUGCGGACGCUGUCAAAGAAGCUGUUGUUGGAUCUGCUGGUGCAACGCUCAAGUUUUAA